UGCUCCAGAUGCUCAGCUCAAUUAUCUGAGUAUUAUAGGUGUCUCAACUGCUCAAGAGGAAGGACUUUAUGUAAGGAAUGUAUUUUGGAGCAGCAUACUCAAAUGGUUCUCCAUUGUAUUGAGGAAAUAAAGAUCUGGUCAGGAUCAUACUGGAAACCAACAAGUCUACACAGUAUUGGCAUGGUGGUCUAUCUAAACCAUCAGCAUUCUCCAGAGAAGCCUAUUUGCUACUGUCCUGCAACAACACCUAUCAAAUUCACUGUUCUUGAUGUGACUGGGAUCCAUAGUGUUUGUGUUGUGUUCUGUGGGUGUAGUAUUUUGGAUGGGUUUGCAUCACGUCAUUAUGUCCAGUUGCUACACUAUGGAUGGUUUCCAGCAACACCUCAGCAGCCUAGAACAGCUAUAUCAUUCACCUGCCUAAACGACUUCCAUAUUCUCUCACUACAAGGCAAAGUAACAGGAUACAAUUACUAUAAGUCACUCAUUCGAAAGACAGACAAUACU